AUGAUUUUGACGCCGACAAGCGAGCGCAACCUUAACAAUUUAAAAGUAGCUUUGAAAUCUUCAAGAGCAGUUCUAAUUCAAGGUGAUAUAGGAUGCGGGAAGAGCUUUUUGGCGAACACUCUUGCAGAGAGUUUUGGUGCCAAGGAUACUAUGAUACAAGUUAAUGUUGAUGAUUCGUUUGACAGUAAAGACUUACUGGGAAAAUUUUCUGCUACAGAUACCCCUGGUGCAUUUGAAUGGAUACCUGGACCUCUUACUUCUGCAGUAGAAAAUGGAUAUUGGUUUCUAACAGAGGACAUUGAUCUAGCCUCAUUUGAUGUUUUCUCUGUUCUUCUUUCAUUACUUGAAGAGUCAACACUUUUUCUACCAGAGAAGAAUCGACGUAUUGAAGCUCAUCCAAAUUUUAAAAUUAUAGCUACUCAACAACUUCGUGCAGUUGGGGAUACCCUUACUACACGUAAAAGUAAUUCAAUCCCGUUUGCAGAACUUUGGGGUACUGUUGUAAUGGAAAGUUUACCUCCAGAUGAAAUCUGCAUAGUCGCAACUACUCUCUAUUCUGUACCCCGAAGCAUCGUCUACAAUUUAGCUACUUUGUUAUCUCCACGUACAAAAACUCCACUGGUAACAUUAAGAUCUCUACUUAAAUGGUGUAGACGUGUAAAUAAGAGAGCCAAUCUAGGAGAUUCUCCUGAUGGGUUUAUUUCUUCAACAGUUCGUGAAUUAAUGUUUCGUGAAGCUUUUGAUUGUAUCCUUGCCGGAUAUCCUACUGGAAAUGAUCUUAUUUCUUCUAUGAUAUUACUAGCAGAUGCUAUAGGUAUAUCAUCAAAUGUUGGAGAAUCACUUGUAAAAGAAAACAAACCAGAUAUGAAUAUAGGGAGAGAUUACUUUUCAGUUGGUCGUGUUACUAUACCUUUAUAUGACUCCUUAAUGCAUAUAAGAGAAAGUCGUGUUGCCUUUGCUGCCACAAAGCAUGCGAUGUCUCUUUUAGAACGAAUAGCAGUUGCUGUAGAUGCUGGAGAAAAUGUUCUUCUUACCGGAGAAACAGGUGUUGGAAAAACUUUUAUUGUACAGUUUCUUGCUGACCAGAUUGGACAAAAAUUAAUAGUUCAUAAUCUUAAUCAACAAACUGAUACAAGUGAUUUUAUGGGAGGUUGGAAACCUUUGGAUGUGAGUGUUAAUGUAAGAAAUGCCUAUCAUAAGUUUGUGGAACUUUUUUCACAAACUUUUAAUGCUUCUAAAAAUGUUCAAUUUUUAGAUGCACUUCAAGGUGCUAUAAGAAAAUGUUCUUGGUUAGCUGUAGUUAAACAAAUUUUAAAGGGUUAUAAUACGUUUAAAUUGAAAAAUUCCUUACAGCCGUUCUCGGAAGAGUUAGUUAAUGAAUGGUCAUCUCUUGAAAAAACAUCUAUGGAACUUUUGGAUACACUUGAAAAAACUAAGACAACCUUUGCCUUUAAAUUUGAGGAAGGUUCUUUGGCUAAGGCAUGGAGAGAAGGAUCUUGGAUUCUUUUAGAUGAGCUUAAUCUCGCAACAACAGAAGUUCUUGAAAGGGUUUCUUCUGUUUUAGGAGACGUAGAUACUUUGUUUCUUACUGAUAAAGGAAGUUGUGAACCUAUUAAAAGACAUAAAAAUUUUCAUGUCUUUGCAAAUAUGAACCCUCCAACUGAUGUUGGAAAAAAAGAACUUCCACCAUCUUUACGUUCUAAAUUCACUGAAUUAUACGUUAAUGAACCUUUUGAUAGAAAUGAUAUUAACGUUGUUGUAACAGAGUAUAUUGGACAUUUAGCAGCUGAUUGUAAAUCUGAAGAAAUAACAACAUUCUUUUUAGAAUGUGUGGGAAAUGCUAAAUCUUCACUUUGUUCACUUGAUGGAGAAACAAAGCCACCGUCGUUCAGUUUAAGAACCUUAACGCGUGCUCUAACAUAUGUGAGAAAAGCUACAUCUCAGUAUGGUUUUGGAUUGGCAUUAUUUGACGGUUUGAUGUUAGGAUUUGCUACAUCUUUACAACGACAAUUUCAUACGGUUGUUGAGCAACUAAUAAUAAAAAAUAUAUUUGGUGGUAAACAACCCCCAAUACCAACUUUACCUCGGUGUCCAUGUGAAGGAAAGUUUGUAGCCUAUGAACAUAUUUGGCUUCCAAUAGGUUCAGAAGAACCUAAACAAGAUGAUUCCUUUAUUUUAACACCAAGUGUUCGUGGUCAUUUACUAAAUCUCGCUAGAGCAGUUUUUGCUGAUCGACCUGUUCUUCUUGAAGGACCUACAUCAUCUGGUAAGAGUUCUAUGGUAAAAUAUCUUGCAGAGAUGACUGGUAACAAGUUUGUUAGAAUAAAUAAUCAUGAAAGUACAGAAAUUCAGGAAUAUGUUGGACAUUAUGUUUCUGAUGAACGUGGAAAACUUCGUUUUGUUGAUGGUAUUCUUGUAGAUGCAGUACGUAAUGGUUAUUGGGUUGUAUUGGAUGAAUUAAAUCUUGCUCCUACUGAUGUUCUUGAAGCACUUAAUCGUUUACUGGAUGAUAAUCGUGAAUUAUUUAUAGCAGAUACUCAAGAAACAGUAAAACCUCAUCCUAAUCUUCGUAUAUUUGCAACACAAAAUCCUGCAGGUAUCUAUGGAGGACGAAAACUUUUAUCAAGAGCCUUUCGAAAUCGAUUUUUGGAGAUUACAGUAGAUGAUAUCCCUACAACAGAGUUAUGUACAAUUUUAUGUCAACGUUAUUCUCUUAGUAAAAGCUUUGCAGAAAAAAUGGUUGAGAUUAUGGUAUCACUUCAAUUAAGACGUCAAGCUUCACAAGUAUUUGCUGGUCGUCAUGGUUUUAUAACUCCACGAGAUUUGUUUAGAUGGGCAGAACGUCAUCCUGAAACUUAUCAAGAAAUGGCAGAACAUGGAUUCCUUUUGUUAGCAGAAAGAUGCCGUAAAGUAGAAGAACGUCAAAUUGUAAAGGAUGUUAUUGAAUCUGUUACUAAAACUGAGUUAAAUGAAGAAAUUGUUUAUUCACCAGAACAUUGGCCAUAUGUUGAAGAGUAUUAUAAACUUUUGGAGAGUGGAAUAGUUGAUGAGUUUGGUAUUGUUUGGACAGAAUCAAUGCGUCGUCUUUUUACAGUUGUUGGAAUUUGUUUACAUCAUAAGGAACCUGUAUUAUUGGUGGGAGAAACAGGUAGUAGUAAAACAACAGUAUGUCAACUUUGGGCUGCCUUAUUAAAACGUCGUCUUAGCAUAAUAAAUUGUCAUCAACACAGUGAAGCAUCUGAUUUUCUUGGAAGUCUUCGUCCAGCACCUCCUGAUCAAAGAAAUAAAGCAAUUUUUGAAUGGCGAAAUGGUCCUCUUGUUGAAUCUAUGAUACUUGGAGGUAUGUUUGUACUUGAUGAAAUUUCACUUGCUGAAGAUAGUGUUCUUGAGCGGUUAAAUAGUGUUUUGGAACCCUCACGUGUAAUAACGCUUGCUGAAAAAAGUUCAGCAGAUGUUAUCUUUGCAGAUGAAAAUUUUCGAAUACUUGCAACAAUGAACCCAGGAGGUGAUUUUGGUAAAAAAGAACUUUCACCUGCUCUUAGAAAUCGAUUUACAGAAAUAUAUGUUCGUCCAACUACAAAAAAAGAAGAAGUUACUUUAAUUUUAUCUAAACGAUUAAUACCACGUCUUGAACCUUGGGCAGAAAGGAUGGCAACUCUUUUAUGUGAUACUUCAGAAGCUACAAGAGUUUCAGGAACUCCUCAACAUAUUAGUAUUCGUGAUAUUAUUGGAUGGGUGUCUUUUAUGAAUGCUGCAAAUGAUCAUUGUGAUGAUGGUAUCGCAUUUUUACAUGGACUUGAUGCUGUUAUACUUGAUGGUAUUGGAGUAGGUACAGGUCAAAUAGAUUUAGGAGAGCGUAAAUUACGUGAUGUUUGUCUUGAAAAAGCAAAGGAACUUUGUGGUUUGGAUGAUUCAUGCUUAGAAAUACCUUUUUGGGAAUUAUUUAAUGGAAUUGAAGAACCAAAAUUACCACUUGAAAUGGAGGAAAGAUUUUUCUUUGGAGCCCCUUCUACACGUCGAAAUUUAUCAAAACUUAUUCGUGCAAGUAUCAUGCGUAAAGCUAUUCUCUUAGAAGGAAGUCCAGGAGUUGGUAAAACAAGUAUUGUAGAAGCAUUAGGAGCUGCUUUUGGUAAACGAGUUGUACGUAUUAAUUUGAGUGAACAAACUGAUAUUAUGGAUCUUUUUGGUACGUAUUUACCAUGUCCCUCAUCUGAUGAAUCUGAAGGACCUCAGUUUUCAUGGUCUGAUGGUGUUCUUCUUCAAGCCCUUAAAACGGGAUGGUGGGUUAUUCUUGAUGAAUUAAAUCUUGCAAGUCAAGCUGUUCUUGAAGGUCUUAAUGCCCUCUUAGAUCAUCGUUCAGCUGUUUUUAUUCCAGAAUUAGGAGAAGAAUUUCAUGCAGCUGAAGAUUUUCGUGUAUUUGCUUGUCAAAAUCCACUUAUGGAAGGAGGUGGAAGAAAAGGUUUACCCCGUAGUUUUUUAAAUCGAUUUACAAAAGUUCGAAUUGAACCUUUUGAAGUAGAGGAUUUAAUGUCUAUUGCACUUGCGGUAAGUCCUAAUAUUGAUAAGAUCGUAUUAGAACAGAUGGUAAAUUUUGUAGGUGAACUACAUCGUGAUGUAAUGGUUCGUCGUGCUUAUGGAACCCGUGGAAGUCCGUGGGAGUUUAAUUUACGUGAUGUUCUUAGAUGGGCAAAUAUGAUGGAAGCGUAUCAAGCUAGAGAUAAACCAUGUGAAUUUGUAGAAUCUUUAUUUGUACAACGUAUGCGUACAGAUAUAGAUCGAGAAAAGGUUCGAACUUUAGUGAAACGAUACUUUGGAGGAGAUGCUUUAAAUGAGGUAAGAAGUAAAGAAGAAUCAGAUUUUCUUAUAUCUGAUAAUGCUAUUUACUUUGGAGGUUCAUUUUUAACACAUCGUGUACCAGAACCAGUUAAUUUAACUACAUCUAUCUCACCAUUAAUACUUCCUUCUCAAGCUACUGUAAUUCGUUCUAUUCUUACAUGUACAGAACAGAAUCAAUUUUGUUUAUUGGUGGGUCCAAGUGGGUCUGGAAAAUCAUAUUGUUUACGUACAGCUGCCGCAUUAGUAGGAGCUCGUCUAGUUACAUUUUCAAUGAAUGCAAGUUGUGAUACUGUAGAUCUUCUUGGUGGAUUUGAUCAAGUAGAAGGUAAACAAGGACAAUUUGAAUGGCGUGAUUCUCUCAUUUUAGAAGCGAUGCAAACAGGAGAUUGGCUUGUAUUAGAUAAUGUAAAUUACUGCAAUGCUAGUGUAUUAGAUCGACUAAACCCACUUGUGGAACCGAAUGGAAUGCUUUCUGUAAAUGAACAAGGUCUUGUGAAUGGACAUGUUCGACAUGUUUGGCCUCAUCCAAAUUUUCGUCUUUUCGCAACUCUGGAUCCAAAGUAUGGUGAGAUAUCUCGAGCUAUGCGUAAUCGUGCGGUGGAACUUUAUCUUUCUCCUGUUUCUAUUCCAUCACUUGAGAGUAUUACCCUUGCAGGGGCUUCUUCCUCUUGCAGGGUAAUGGACGUUCAUGAUAAAUUAACCCGUUAUCAUCGUGAAUUUGUUCUUACUGGAUUCCAUGCGGAUUCUCAUUUACCAUUAUCAUCACAACUCGCCGAUGCUCUUUCAGCAGGUGCACCAAAUAUGUUUACACUUUUAAAAACAGCUGCCAUGCUUCCACCGGACUGCACCUUGGAAGAUUUGAAGUCUGCAUUACUUCAUAAAUACAUCCAAAAUCGAUCUGGACAUUGGAGUACAAAAAAGACUGAAAUUUUGGAAGCGCUUGAGAGAAUUGUUAUGAAUGAGGAGAUGAAUGAACCUCAUAUGUGUUAUCCUCCUAUCAUGGAUCUUUUAUACGCAAUGAGUCUUCAAAAAGAAGAAGUGGAAGAUGAAAGUAUAGAAGCGGCGUUAAUACGUAUACGAAUUCAACGAAGUGGUUUGGCUCUUAAAACGUUAUUAUCAAAGAAGGAUAAUUCCUUUUUGCAAUUUACUGCUCGUGAUUUGGCACUCUUCUUUUUAUUGGAACAAUACUCUGAUACUAUUUCAAGUGAAAUGUUGAAGGAGGCUCGUAAACAAUUUAUUUCAAAUUCAUUAUCCACUAUUCUUUCUGAAAGUGAAAUUUCUGAAUCCUUACUUCUUCUCUCAUUGGAUAAUAAUGGUAAUGUUUCUCCAUCUCUUGAAACUCUAUGGUGUCGUUCCCAGUAUGUAUUGGGACCUCAUGCUAAAUGGAUACAGAUAUUACGUAAUGCUCGUAUAUUCAUUUCAGAUUCUCCAGUUUUGAAUACUGCUUUUCAGCGUAUGUUUACUACAUUGUUAGAAGUGAUUGAAACUCUUGAAUCUCCGCAACUGCAACAACGUGUUUGGCGUUACCUUCAUCCAUUGUUAGUAUUACUUUUCCCUGAUUCCAGUGUAUCUUUUCAAGUGAAUGCUAAUAAUUUUGUUUCUUUGGUAACAAAUGUGGUAUUACUUCGAUCGGUUGCGAAAAAACAAACUCUAUUCGAUUCCACUAUGUUAGUAAAUACAAUGGAUGAAUUUUUAACCUCACUUCGACGUUAUUUGGAUUUACCAUAUCAACUCGUAUCUGAGAAGUCCGCCAUUCAACAGAGUAUUAUUCGUCCACACAUCACAACUGUGGAUGAACGUUCGGCUCUUACGGCAUGGAAUAAAGCGGCAAAUGCUGUAAAAUUAGAACCACAUGAAGAAUUACUAAAAUCUAUGUGGCAUACAGCAAUCUUUAGAGCUGAAUUUAAUUUAAUACAACAUCUUCAUUAUGUAAGUAAAGGAGGUUCUACUUUCUCUACAAGUAAUUUACACAGUGAAAUUUCUCAAUUUAUUGACUUGUAUUGUACAAAACUGCAUGUAUUAACCGAUAUUGAAAUUGCACUAUGGAAGGAAGUACUUUCUCUUCGAUUACAAGAUGAUAAUGACUAUGAAGCUCUUAUUGCUUUAGUACCAUUACUCACAACUCAGUUUAUUACACGUCAUGGACUUGUUUCUGGUCGUCAUUGUUUACAUGGAUCUUGGGCAAAGUCUACAUAUGAGGCACUUGGGUAUGCGGCUCAGGUGUCUGUAAUGUCUAUUGGUUCAAAGAAGGCUCCACAUACAGAGAUAAUGACAGGAUUAUUAAGUUUUUACCGGGUAUUACCUGUAAAGGGAAUAAAUCCAUUUGAACAAUGGGAACUUAAUAGUAUGGAAGAAUUAUAUUCUAUACUAAAGAUAUGUGUUCCACAUCUUUUUACAAAUAUGGAGAAUAAUAAUAACAAUAAUAAUAAUACAUUAAGUAAACAUGUACCAACUUCCAUAUUACAAGUUAUGAAUUUAGUACGUGAGGUGUUAAAUUCUUCUUGUACAGAUCCUAUUAUUACUACUAUACGUCCUCUUCUAGAGAUGUUUAUAAGUAAUGAUGGUUGUACACCAAAUGAUUCUCUUCGACGUGUGGCAUUAGUAGAAGCCUUAAGGUGUCGUUUACUUCUUCCAACAUCUCCAAUUGAUCCCAUGUAUAAAUGGGCUGUUAAGAAAACGAUUGCACAAAAAGAAUUGGAGCGUUUCUCACAUUUAGAAGGAGCCUUUAAAUGGUCAGAAGAACUUGCUAUGCGAACUAGAAGUGAACAAAGAUCCCUUGUACAUGAACUUCAGAAAAUAGAAGAGAUGAUGUUUGUAAUAGCAUCUAAAAAGAGUAUAGAUCGUCCUGAUCCAUCUGGUGCUAAAUUUGCUCAAAUGGUAAAUAUAUUACAUCAAAUAUGUUCUACAAUGAUGUCGGAUGAUCGUCUCGCGGUGGUAUUAUCAGAAGGACGUCCAGAGGCAUCUGCAGAAAGAGGAACAUGGAGUGAAGUUUUAUUUCAACAACUUCAUGAAGUUUUAGAGAGUUUUGGUGGAUAUGAAGAUGUAACACUUACAGUGGCAGAACCUGCUCUUUUUGCAUCUUUAGCCGCACAUGUGAGUUGUCUUUUAAAUACUUCCAUACAUAAAGGAAAUGUACUCUUUGAAAAAAGAGAAAUAACACGCAUGAUGCAGUUUCCUUUACUUUGUAUGUCUGCACCUGCCCUUCCAUCCACUGGUACACAGGCAUUACAACACCGUUUAACUUAUUUAGAUUCAUGUUUGAUGUUAAUUCAAAGUAUACCGGCUCAAGUGCUGAAACGUGAUUUUGUAGAAAAUCUUUUUGAUCUCUACAGAGAUUUUCACCGUACUGUAGAGGAACUUGAAGCGAAGGAGCGUCGUGAACAGGAGAUGGCAGUUUUAUAUGCAGAGAAAUCUAUUACCAUUGAAGGCGAUGAUGAGAAACAUCUACGUAUGUUAAAGAUGUUAUUCCCAAGUUACGAAGAAGAGUUUAUUCGCAUGCGAGAUGCAGAGGAAGAGAGUAAUGGAACAAAUAAUAAUAAUAAUGAUGGUACAACACAUUCUCAUCCUUCAUUAUUAUCAUCUUCCUCCUUAUUAGAUCGUGCAGGACGUCAUGCUCGUAUUAUGUUAUCAGGACCACAAGGAGCACGUUAUCUUCGUCGUCUUCUUGAUACACAUUAUCAAUUCUUUGAAAAAUUAUUAUCUCAACAAGAUAUUUUUCUUUUUAAUGGUGAAAAGGCAUUACAAUCUUUCAAGUCUCGUUUUGAUGUUCUUUCCACUGAAUUACACCGUGUUGGAUGUAAUGGCAUGUCCGAGAAUGGAAUGAUGCUUCCUGCAGGUGAUGAACAGUUACUUCUUGGAGGCUUUGCCGCACGUACUGUACUUCUUAUGAAGGAACUACAAUCUACAGAGAUGUCACUUGAAGAAAAACGUACAAAUGGAUUUAAUAUAUUUACAGAUCCUGCACCAUCUGAACUACGUUCUUUUAGUGAUGCGCUGCAGGUACUUAUAAAAGCUAUUGAAGAGUUACGUACCCUUUAUCCUGAAACCCCAUCUCUUCACAGAUGUUCACGAAUUGCAGCGGGAAUAGCCGCAAUGCCCGCCCUUACUACUCCACUAAUGAAAAUAAUGACCGGUUGUGAAAUACUCUUACGAGAAUGUUAUGAAUGGGAACGUAAUGCAUCUCGAGAUACUUCUAUACUUCAUCACAUGACACAACUCUCUUCCUUUGUAUUACGCUGGAGAAGAUUGGAAUUACAUUGUUGGUCUCAGGUAUUUACUGCAAAACGAGAAGAGUGGGAACUAAAGGCAAGUAUGCAGUGGUUUGUAUUAUUUGAUCUCAUUGAUGCUGGUCGUCCAAUCCCUGAAGAGGAACUUCAAGAACGUUGUUUGGAGUUUUUCCGUCAUUGUAUGGAAUUUAUGUGGGCAUCUCACUAUGGUGACUUUCAUGUUCGUCUUCGUCUAUUAAAAGCCUUUGCACUUCACCUUGUUGCAUCCGCACCAUCUUCCUUCUCACCUCUUGCUAAUGUAGCCAUGCAUUUAUCAGACUUCUUUAGUCAAUUUUCUCAAUUGAUAUCGGAUAAAUUACAGCAUGCAUUAGCACCACUGGAGGAGGAUAUGGAGGCUUUUGCUCGUAUUAUGCGAUGGGAGGAUUCCACAUACUACGCGGUACGUGCUACUGCAGAGAAGUCUCAUCUUAAAAUGGGACGGGCAUUGGCAGAACUGGAUGAUAUUUUACGUACAUCUGUGUUAGGUAUUAUCUCUGGUGAAGAGCAACGCUGUGAGGAUGAUGUGGCCAUGGGCUUUAUUCUCCCUUCUGUACAGUUGGACAAGAAGAAAAACCGCACGGAUAAACAAAAGAAAAAUAAAAGCAAUAAUAAUAAUAAUAAUAAUAAUAAUAAUAAUAAUAAUCAAAAUGAUAAUAAUGGUAGUUCAUCUGCUGGAUCAAAGAGGAAACGUUCUGGAAAACGAAUUAAUGCUGGAGCUGCAGUUCAACAAGGUAAUGAUGAUGUUGAAGAAGAUGAAGAUGUGGAUACAAAAGAGACAAAUGACUCUGUGACUCAAGGAUUGGAGUUUUUACGAUAUGCCUCGGAGGAAAUUGUGGAACGUGUAAAAGAAUUACAAAGUCCAGGAACUCCACAAAGUCAAAAAUUACGUGCCUUCAAGACACUUUUUAAUGUUAUGGAAGAAAAGGGAGUUCCACACACGCAUGAAGAGCAAGUUUCUUCCUGGGAAGAAUUAUUUACCUCAACAAAUGCUCUAUUAGCAUGCCGUAGUAUAUAUGGACAUCUUACUAUAAGCCAUCAAGUUGGAGAAGCUGCUCUUGAACACUAUCGUUCUGCGCGUUGGUUACAACGUAUGCGUGAUGCUGAACGACAUCCACACAAGGAUCUUAGUGGAGCUCAAGCCAAACGUGGUACAGGUACAGUGGAAUCCUUAUUCGCUCUUGCUGUAGAAGAAACAGAGUUGGUUAGUAAUUUAUAUGAAGUACGACAUCAAGUAUCCUUACUACGAGAUUGUGUGGCUUCUUGUGAAGAGUAUGUUGUGCCAGGUGGUGGAAAACUACUUCAGGCAUCUUUGGAUCUCUGUGUACAGCUUCAGUGUUUCUUACAUGAUACCAGAUGGAUGCUGCAAGAGCGCGUGUUUGAGUUGGAGAGUGCUCGUGGUCAUUUAGAGGAACUCUGUUGUGCUACAGAUGAACUAUGGAAACUCUGUCUUACUUCAGAGACACAACGACGUACGGAUGUUCCGGUAUCAGAUUUACUUAUUGAACAACAUAUCACAUUACUUGAAAAAGUACGUGAACUUUGUACUCGUUUAUGUAAUACAGAUGUUGGUUGUGUGAGUGCUGCGGCUUCUUCUUUAUGUACUUCAAUUACUGAAACACUAACCCAAAAUAAUGUAUCAGAACGAAGAGAAAAUAAAACAAAACGUAUCCGUGUGGAAAAAGAAAGUGAUUGGUCACAAAAGUUAAGAGAAACGCUUGAUAACUUGGAUACUGUGUUUGUAAAGAAUAAUAUGAAUGAUUGUAAUAAAGGUCAUACUUCUUCUGGAGAUUCGAUUGUUAAUGGGGAACACGGUGAAGAGGAUGAAGUUGCGGUUUAUCAUAACUAUGCUGUGGCUAUGCGAGAACUUUGUAAAGAUUCUCAUCAAAUCAUGUCAUCUAUGCAGACUUUAUUACAUGAUCAGACAAGUGAACGAGAAAUGGCUUCUACGAUUCGUCAUGAAUUGUUAACACGUCUGGAAACUACUCUUUUACGGGUUGAUACACUUAUGCAAAAGAGUACUAUGGCGCUUCAGGCUCAAUCUCACCUUGGACUCGUACUCGCACGAUUACUCUCUAUUCUUCUUAAAAAAGGUUUCUGUAAACCUGAAGAUGCCGAUGAGGAAGAUGAUGAUAACGGUGAUGGUGAGGGUGAGGGUGAGCAGCAAGAGGGAACAGGUAUGGAUGACGGUCAUGGUGAGAAGGAUGUGACAGAUCAGAUUGAAAAUGAAGAUCAACUCAUGAACAUGAAAGAUAAGGAAGAACAGGAACAAGAAGGGGAGAAGGAUGAAGAGAAUGACGGUAGUGAGGGAGAAGAUAAUGCGGCAGAUGUGGAAACGGAUUUCAAGGGGGAAAAACAGCAACGUGAGGAAUCGCAGGAGAAUAGUGAUGAAGACAGUAAUGAUGGAGAUGAGUCGGAGAAAGAAAUGGGUAGUGUAGAUGGAGAGGAGGCACAGGAGCGUAAACGAAUGAAGAAAGAUAAGAAUGAUGGAAAUGAUAUGGACAGUGAUGAUGGGGAGAAUGCGGAGGAUGUGCCAGAGGACACUCUUGCAGAUGAAAAAGAUAACGCCUAUGAUGAAAAUGAGGAUCAAGAAACUGGAAACUUUGAGAAUCGUGAAGCUGUAUUACGAGAUGCGGAGCGUGAACAGCAGGAAGGCGAACACGAUUUAGCCGCAGACGCCAAUGGUAUUGAUGAUGAAGAUGGAGAUGAUGAUCGAGAGAGUAGUAGUAUGAAUGAUGAUGCCGAAAGUCAGGCAGAUAGCGAUCAUUCCGAUAAAGACGGAGGUAAAGAAAAAGAUGAUGAUGAUGAUAAUAGCAGAAGUAGUAAAGAACGAGAUGAUAAUGAUGAUGAUGGGGCAACAGAUGCAUCCAAAGACCCACGUGAUGAAGAGGCAGAUGGAAUGGAUGAUGCUGAUGAUCCCAAUAAUAAUAAUAAUAAUAAUAACAACAAGAACUACGAUAAUGAUAACGAGGAUGACGCUGAUGAUGAUUCCGGUAGUGGCGAUGAUGCCACUUUACCAGAUGAGAACAUUCAUCACGGCGGCAGACAAGACGAACACGCCGGUGAAGAGGCAACAGAACAACAACAAGACGCAGAAGAUGCCAAUCGACGAGAGGCCGAACAACAACAACAACAACAACAAGAUGCCGCUGGUACAGAGGAACAACAACCAGGUGAUGAACAGAAACCAGAUGAUGCUGGACGAAAUUGGAAAAGACAAGAAAAGAAUGAGGCAUCGCAGCGUCGGGAUAACACAGAGCGUAAUGCCUCAUCUCGUAAUCCGUAUCGGGCUAUUAAAGAGGCAUUACAGCGACAUGAGAGACGAGCUCAACAACUAAACCUAAACCAACAUGUUGAUGUUAAGAAGCAAAAGAUGAAAGAAGAGGAAGAACACAAACAACAACAACAACAACAACAAGAACAAAAUAAUAACGAAGAAGAGGAGGCUAUUGAAGAGUUUGAAUUUGAUGAAGAAGGUGAACGGGAAGGAAUGGCUGCCACAGAUGAGAAGCCAAUACCUGUUACAGAGGCAGAAUCUAAUCUACCAGAGAUGGAAGAGAAUGAAGAUUCAAAGGAUAACAGUGAAGAAGAUGAGGAGGCACCAGAAGAUACAUCUAUGCGUCGUCGUAAGAAGAAAACGGAUACAAAGCUUGAAAUGCAUAGUGAUGAGGAAAAUAAUGAUGAGGAUGAGGAGGAUAAAAAUAUGAAGAAAAAGAAGGGUAAACAACGAGUUAAAGUGAAUUCACGAAAUUCUCGCGAGGAUGAAGAAAAUGAAGAAGAAGAUAAUGAUGAUUAUCAUGAAGAAUCUGCAGUAGAUGGUGAAGAUGAAAAGAUGAAUCGUGGCCGCAGGCUCUGGCAGGAGCAAGUGGCAGCUGUUCAAGGACUUUCACAUCACUUAUGUGAACAACUUCGCCUUAUUUUAGCACCUACUUUAGCAGAUAAACUUCAGGGUGAUUAUAAAACGGGUAAACGACUUAAUAUGAAACGUAUUAUACCAUAUAUAGCUUCACAGUUUAAAAAAGAUCGUAUUUGGCUUCGACGAACGAAACCUAAUAAACGUAAUUAUCAGAUCUUAGUGGCAUUAGAUGACUCUUUUAGUAUGCAUUGUAAUAAUGCUGGUGUCAUGUCGUGUCGAGCUGUAGCCCUUUUAGCAGAGGCACUUCGACAAUUAGAAGUUGGAGAAUUGGGUAUUGCUUGUUUUGGAAAAGAGACACGUAUUGUUCAUGGCAUGGAUGAACCUUUCACAGGUGAAAGUGGUCCACAAGCAUUUAGUGAAAUUACAUUUGCACAAAAGUCAACAAGUCUCAAGUUAUUACUACAAACUUCACUGGAUUAUCUGGACAGUGCACGAGAACGUAUACAUGGACAAACACGCUCCACCACCCAACAAUUACAACAAAUGAUGUUCAUUAUUAGUGAUGGUCAAAUUACAGAAGAUCGUGCGGAAUUGCGAAAAUUACUCUUACGGGCGGAAGAAAAUCGACAAAUUGUUGUCUUUGUUCUCCUGGACGUGAAGGCCAAUUCCCCUUCCAGCCCCACGGAGGCCACAACCACAACAACCACCAGCAAUAGUAAUAAUAAUAAUGAUAAUACUCCCGCUCCUCUCACGGCAAAAGAUCUCGCGGGACUCACACCGGCGGAGCGCAUGCGGCGACUGAAGGCCGAGCGGGAGGCGCGACUACACCGCGUGCAGUCCAACUCAGUGCUCGACAUGCAACUUGUGGAGUUCCGCGGCGGGCGGGUGGUGCGGCGCUCAUACAUGGAGGAGUUUCCAUUCCCGUAUUAUCUCAUUGUGCGGGAGUUGGAUACACUGCCAGGCGCCAUUGCAGACGCGAUGCGACAGUGGUUUGAACUGUUUAAUCUACAGCAUUGA